AUGGAGAAACCCCACUCUCUUAAUCCCUUGCUUCAAAUCUUGAUUGAACUUCGCUUCACUUCGUUUUUACCGUGGAAAAAGAAAGAGAGAAGAGCGGAUUCUCUAGCACCGUGGCAAUGCCGCCAACUGCGGUUUAGUGAAUACUUACCGAAUCCGAAUGUACCGGCUAUUCCCCAUCAUGAUGAGAGCCUUUAUUGCAUCAACAACUUAUUCAAUUGCGAGUCCUCCAGCUUACGGAUGAAGUUCCCUUUCAAAGAGUCUGACAGAACUGUCAUGAAGCAACUUAUUACUAGAUUCAUAGUGAACUUCAGAACGGCAUAUACAUCGCACAUCCUGGAUCAAGUAAAGGCGUUGGGUUUUCAACAAGCUACUGUGGAAUCUAUUUAG